UGACCGUUGGUGCACAACAAAAAAGCAAGUACGUGGAAUCAGUUGCAGGAGCUUGACUAGCUUGACUGACCCGGCCAACAACACAGUGUACGUGUAAAGUGAGCACACAUAUCCAACCUACAACUCUACACUUACAGUACAGCAGCUGUAGGAAUGAGUGAGCAAGAAGUCCAGACCAUUGAUAAGGAGGUGACUCCGCCUUCUUCAGUGAAGGACACUCCCCCUGUCGUGCAGUUUGAAGAGAAGGAAGAUGAGGUCCAGUUGGAGCCCACUCAAGACGAGAUGGAGCGCGAACGUCUCAUGACAAAAGCCGAACAGCUACAAGACGAAAUAGAGACCCUGCGUGCCCAGUUGUUAGACAAGGAGACGGAGCUAGCCGGGGUGAAGGAGGCUCUAGGCAUCACUGCCUUCACUGAGUUCAGGCAGAGCAUUUCCAACGGUUUAAAGGUUGUGGGAGACAAGAUCAAAGAGGUGCAGGAUACAGAGACGUACAAAAAAAUCGAUGACAAACUGACCAACUGGAAGUCAAAGAUGGAAGAAUCUGAACGUUACCAAAAGACUAAGUCCUCCCUGUCUGCUGGUGGCAAGAAGGUUCAGGAUUCGUUCAGUGCAGCUGGCACCAAGAUCAGAGAGAAUGAAACUCUCAAGAGUGUGGGAUCCAAAACAUCUGAUGCUUUCUCAAGAGCAGGUACCAGGAUCAAGGAGUCAGCUAGCUCCCUGAAGGAGAGAGUAUGGACGUCUUCUGAUCAGGAAGCCACACCCACAGACAAGGAGGCAGUGGUACCUGACGAGCCUACUAGCUGAUUUCCAACAAGAGAAUGAGCGUAACUACCAUUUUUAGAGUUUUAUUGCUGUACACACUUUUAUUGAUUGUCUUUUAAUUGUGUUGUCUUUGACGUAUACAUGUAAUAAUUAUUAAGUGUGAUG